AUGGAUAUCUCCGCGCCUCUUCAAACGUCUUACUUGCAGACAACUGUUUACAAUCCCAGCUAUAAUCCACAAAGACAGCCUGGGCUUCCAACUUCCCGACUACCAAACGGUCACAAGAAGGAGAAGGAAAGUAAGACUUCGCCAAUUCGAACUUUCACUCCCGUUGACUGGGAGUCAUAUAAGGCGAAAUGUCACGAAGAUCGACUUUCCGUUUCUUCAUUCGAGGUUGAUGAAUGGCAACCAGUCACUCAACUCACAUACUCGGGACCAUUCAAUCGUUUCUAUCGAAUGGCAACCGUUUACCCAACUGGAGAUAUGGGAUGGAGAGUCGCAACAACCUUGACGUUCACCCAAACUUGUUUCGCCAUCAACUCGCUAUUUAAUUUGACUUCUCUCACACAACCACAAGGCGUAUUUGAAGGAGAAAAGGAGCUCGUAAUACCGAUAACCCUCGCCAUACCGAUGCUUACACUACCUUUGGGAAUUUUCCUAGGUCUAGUAGCCGCUUUUAAUGUCGAUCGAGGGGAUAUCGAGGAGUGGGAAAAGAAGAAGCAGAAGUUGGGUUUCAGCGUUACGGCAAGGUACAAGCCCGCCUUCGUUGGCAGCUCCAACUUUGUAUGGUUUCCGGCAAUGGAGCAAUUAAAAAAAGUCUACCUCCCAAAUACCGCUUUCCAGGCCGGCUUGUUUCAACUUCUCGCGGCUCUCACAUUCUUGAUUUCCAGUAUCGCCCAACUGCCAAAUGUCUUCCCGGCGGGCCAGAUACCGGCAGCCGUUACCGGUGUUCCACUUUUUCUUGGUGGCUCGUUCUUCUUUGGCGCUGCUAUCGUGCUACAACAGCGUCUACAGGCAAAAUGGUACAUUCCCAAGUUCGAGCGACUGCAUUGGUGGACACCCUGGUUCGGUAUGAUGGGUGGAUUCUGGUUCAUGCUCGUUGGUAUAUCUACCUUGGCUUCGCCUGCCAACCGACUGCCCGUUCUGGUCUUCACUACUUUCGCCCGAUUUUCCUUCUUGACGGCGGCUUUUUUGGGUUGGUUCAUGUUGAUGGAGUUUUAUCCGGAUUAA